CUCUUAGGACUCCAGUGGUUCGCGCCACUCGGGAUCGAGGUCACGGGAAUAAACCACACCACAGAGGCCGACUGGGAGCAGCAACUGGCGAGGGAUUUCCAAGAAGUAUUCGACGGCACCCUAGGCAAGUACAAAGGGCCCCCUAUCUCCUUCAGCCUAGACCCAAAUGUCGCCCCCAUACGCCUAAAACCCAGACGGGUGCCUUUUGCACUCCGGAAGAAAAUAGACGAGCAGAUUGACAAGCUCGUCAAACAGGGGGUUUUGCAGCCAAUCGACCAUGCCCGGUGGGAGACCCCUAUAGUCACCCCAGUCAAGCCAGAUGGGUCAGUAAGGAUCUGCGGGGACUAUAAGGCCACCCUCAAUUGCGCCCUGCAACAAAGCGCCUACCCCGUCCCAGUAGUGCAACACUUAUUACACUCGCUGGGGGGGGGCAAGGUCUUUGCGAAGCUCGACCUGGCGCAAGCCUAUCAGCAACUGCCGGUCGAUGAAGAAACCGCCGAGGCGCAAACAAUAGUCACCCACCGGGGAGCGUUUCGUUGUAACCGACUCCAGUUUGGAGUCAGCGUGGCCCCAGGAAUUUUCCAGAGCCUCAUGGAGAGGCUGCUGCGAGGAAUCAAGGGGGUGGUCCCCUAUUUUGACGAUGUAUUAGUGUCGGCAGCCAACCAGGAGGAAUUAGAGGGUCGCCUAAGGGAGGUACUAGAAAAAUUCAAAGGGGCCGGGCUGAAGGUGAAGAAAGAGAAAUGCCAGCUAUGCACAGAGCAAGUCGAGUUCCUGGGGUACCUCCUAGACCGACAUGGCAUCCAUCCAACCGGAAGCAAAAUCAAAGCCAUAAAGGAAGCCCCCACACCCAAGAACAAAACAGAGCUGCAGGCAUUUCUGGGACUGCUAAAUUUUUACAAUGUGUUCUUGCCCCAAAAGGCGACCGCAGCGGAGCCCUUGCAUAGGCUCCUGGACAGGACGGCCAAAUGGACCUGGGGGAAACGGGAGGACACCGCAUUCAAGAACACCAAAGACCUGCUCACCUCGGAUGCCGUCCUCAUUCAGUAUAAUGAGACCCUACCCAUCGCCGUCACAUGCGACGCCUCACCAUUUGGCGUCGGCGCCGUCCUCAGCCAUACACUUCCGGACGGAAAAGAAGCACCCAUCGCUUUCUUUUCGAGAACACUCAGCAAACCCGAAAGAAACUACAGCCAAUUAGACAAGGAGGCACUGGCCAUCGUCGCAGCGGUAAAGAAGUUCCACGAGUACCUCUACGGCCGCCGAUUCACCCUCAUCACGGACCACAAGCCACUGCUGGGCAUCCUGGCGGGGAACAAGGCCACCCCGAACAUCCUAUCCCCCAGGAUGACAAGGUGGUCCGAGUUCCUCGCCGCCUACGACUACCGGCUCACACACAGACCCGGUAAGACGAUCUCCCAUGCAGACGCGCUGAGCCGCUCGCCGCUUCCCGACCUAGACGACGACCCAGCUCCCACGACGACCACCCUCAGCAUAGAGACAUUGCCCGAUCUACCCAUAACCGCGUCAGACAUUGCCCGAGAGACUAAUAAAGACAAGCGUCUGGCGCGGGUAUUACAUUGGGUAGAAAAGGGAUGGCCAGAGAAAGACAACGAUGAAGCAUUCAGGACAUUCCGAAACCGGCAAACAGAACUGUCACUACAGAAAGGUUGUUUGCUAUGGGGGGACAGGGUGGUCAUACCGGAAAAAUUGCAAGGGAAAGUAUUAAAAUUAUUACACGAAGGGCACCCGGGGAUUGUGAGGACUAAAGCUUUGGCCAGAAGCUAUGCUUGGUGGCCAGGUAUGGACAAGGAGAUCGAGGCCUGGGUAGCCAAGUGCUCGCGCUGCCAAGAAACCAGACCAAAUCCCCCCGCAGCACCAAUAUUAGAAUGGGAAACGCCCAGGGGGCCAUGGUCGAGACUCCAUAUAGAUUUUGCCGGGCCCACAAAAGGGAACACAUUCCUCAUCACGGUGGAUGCUUACUCCAACUGGCUGGAGGUAAGCAACAUGAAGACCACCACAACAGAUGCGGUAACCAAGGUCUUAAACAAGCUUUUCGCAACCCACGGCCUCCCGGAUGUCAUCGUGUCAGACAACGGACCCCAGUUCACCUCGCUGGAAUUCGAAAAAUUCCUAGCGGAACGAGGCAUACGACACGCACUGACAGCGACGGCGCAUCCGGCGGCCAAUGGUAGGGCAGAACGGAUGGUUCAAUUUACAAAGAGAACCCUCCAAAAAAUCGAACACGGGGACAUACAAGAAAAAAUAAAUAAAAUGCUCCUAAUACAACAUAUAACCCCAAACACAACGACAAACAAAAGCCCGGCAGAAUUACUGAUGGGGAGAAAACUAAGGUCACCACUCGACAGACUA